AUGAUAGCACAGAAUACUCGCGGUCUGGGGGAAGAUCAAACACGACCGAUACGUGCAGACAGUGUUACAACAGCAAACUCCGUGUUUUCUGGAAGGUUGUCUGCACCAACGACAUCGAAAUCAGGAGACAACCUUGGACUGGAUCUAGUGGUCGACAAUCCAAAUCCUGCGGGCGACCUAGUAUUCGUUCAUGGCCUUGGAGGCACCGCAAAAAGGACCUGGUCUUACAAUCGUGACGUCGCUAACUUCUGGCCGUCAUGGCUGGCCUUAGAAGACUAUCUUAAUGACUAUCGUGUUUUCACAUUUGGCUACAAUGCAGACUUUCGGGGUGGUAGCAUCAACUUGAAUAUCAUAGACUUUGCCAAAGAUCUUCUUCUACAGUUGCUUACCUUCUCGAGCCAUCUUACCGGACGUACAAAUGACAGCGGUAAACGAAAUUUGAUCUUCGUUGCACAUUCCAUGGGUGGUCUUGUCGUAAAGAAAGCAAUCAUUCUGGGCAAGCAUGAUCCGCUAUAUGCAAAGCUGAUUGCAAGAGUUCACGGCAUCGUCUUCCUUGGUACACCCCACCGAGGAUCUUCGUUUGCGAACGUGCUUAAUAACAUUUUGGCUUCUUCAAUCAUGGGGCCACCACCAAAAGCGUAUAUUGCAGAUCUAGAUGUUCAAUCGACCACACUGCAAGAUAUAAACGAGCAAUUCCGCACGAGCUGUGGUGCAAUAGUCCUGGCUUCAUUCUACGAGACCUUGAAAACAAACUUCAAGGUCACGAAACAAAUGAUUGUGGAGAAAGAAUCUAGCAUUUUGGGAUAUCCUCAAGAGGUCUCAGCCGCUCUACACGCUGAUCAUCAUGGAGUCUGCAAAUUUGCAAAUCGAAAUGAUAGCAAUUACAUAAAAGUCAAGAAUGUGCUUCGGAUGUGGGCGCAAACAAUCUUGCCUCCCAGUAAGUCUUACGUUUCUCUAAGUCAUAUCGAAGAUGCAAAGGACUCCCAGGAAACACUUGAGACCGUUCUUGGUAUUCAUCAACCACCUGAAGAGGGCUUUGAAAGUGCACGCAGUAAAACAACGAAAGGCAGUUGCGACUGGAUCUUCAAUAAUAGCCACUUCUUAGAGUGGAGCACAGAUAUGACCGGGAACAACAUCACUAGAGCAUUCUGGCUGACAGGGCCACCAGCAACAGGCAAAACAAUUCUAGCCGCCGCAGUGAUUGACCACUUCCGGAUCCAAAGCUAUCCUUGCUUCUUUCAUUUCUUUACGGCUGGUCAUCAGUCCAAACGAAGCUCUUCUUAUUGUCUCCGGUCCAUCGCUCUCCAAGUCGCUCAGGAGAAUGAAGCAUUUCGGAAUAGGCUUAUUAGCCUUCACGAACGUACAGGAAUUCUAUUCAAUUCGCAAACCAAUGACUUUACGGCGGUUUGGGAGAAGCUCUUUACGGGCAUACUAUUCAAGAUAGAGUUUGCAACACCUUUGGUCUUUGUCCUUGAUGCCAUUAAUGAAGCAGAUUCUUCAGCUUUACUAAUAAGAUCCUUGCUGGACUGUAGGCCCGCAAGCCCGAUACUUUUGUUUCUCACAAGUAGACCUAUGAAGAUUCCUUCCGCUACGGCAGCUUAUGGAGUACCUAUCAUUCAUUAUCCCUUAUCAGACAACGACACGGAGCUAGAUAUCCGAAAAUACGUUCACUGGAAAAUACAAGAUUUCCUUCCUGAUGAUGACGAGAUAAGAAGAAAUGUGUCAGAUAUUGUUGUUGCCAGCGCAUCAGGUUCAUUUCUCUAUGUGAAGCUCGUUCUGGACAUGCUUCAAGAUAACUGGCAUACACAGGAAGAUAUCCGAAAGAUCUUCACUGCAGUACCAAAGGGAAUGGAAGAGCUUUAUCUUGAAAUGUUGAAAUCUGUCAAUUCCCAAAGUCCACACCUGAAGGCUAUGGCCACCCGUAUCAUCACAUGGGUCGUCUGUUCUUCCAGACCAUUGGGAAUCGAUGAGCUACAGACAGCCUUAGAACCAGAUUUCUCAGGCUUCACUAAGCUGGAAGACUCCAUAGUUCAACUAUGUGGAAAUCUGGUAUCUGUCGAUCACGGAAGGAUCUCUAUUGUUCACGCAACCGCACGGCAGUUCCUACUCAAGCCUCAGGGAGGAAAUCCAGCGUUUGUGUCCGCGAAGGAUGGUCAUGAAUUAAUUGCAAUAAGAGCGUUGAAGUAUCUUUGUGAUGAAAAAUGGCACCGCAUUUACCAAAAGGUAGAUGGGUAUGGUGCUUACCAUAAGCACGAGAGGAAGGAGAAUCGACUUCUAAUUGCUGAGAAGGGAAACCCUUUCUUGGGCUACGCCACGUGUCACUGGGCGUACCACGUCUCUAAAGCUCCGGCUAGCUCUGUUCUACUGAUUAAAGUCAUUCGAACCUUCUUGGAUGCAUAUAGUCUCUCUUGGAUCGAAGGGAUUGCGUUGUCUCAAAAUUUACGAUACCUGACCCGUGCGGCUCAGCAGCUCAAAAGAUUCGCAAAGCAGGUGUCGAAGCGAUCUGAAAGAUUACGAUCAGAAUCUCCAUUGAAUCUCUUUUCUAAGGCCGAGGAUGACGCUGGCUAUAUAAAAGCCUGGGCAACAGAUCUAAUCCGCGUGGCUGCAAAGUUUGGCUUAAACAUGGUUCAGUCUCCUUCAAGUAUACAUCGACUGGUCCCUCCAUUCUGCCCAACAGGCUCAAUGAUCCGGACUACCUUUGAUCGGCAUACUUCUGGUUCAGUCUCAGUAGCGGGUCUGGUUUUGCAAGAAUGGGACGAUAAUCUAGCGAGCGUCUCUGUAUCAGAGGAAGACACUGCAUCGAGAAUUUUGGCAACCGACACCCACUUUAUCACGCUCAUAAGCACGACAGGUACAGCAUUGAUCUGGAGAGCCGAAACCUGUGAACUGGAAAGACGCAUCGACCAUGGCGAGUACGUGCGACUCAUGGCCAUUAACAAGUCAGGGACUCUUCUCGUUACGGCCGGGCUAUAUUGUUAUCGCAUAUGGGACAUAACUACUGGCGAAGAAGUCUUCUCUAUACCAAAAUCAACUUAUGCAUUACAUGUUACGAUCUGUUUCGGGCAUUCCGAUACUCAGGUCAUGGUGGGCUACGAUGACUGUUCUGUCCGAACAUACGAUGCAGAGAAACAAGUUGAAACAUCAUGUUUCAUCCCAGAGAAAGGGCUAGCAGAAGAUGCAGCGCCUCAGAUCAUGCAGAUAAGUCCCGAUCUAACCAAAGUCGCUAUGGCCUGCAGAGGUCAGCCGCCAGUCAUCUGGGACAUGACAGUCGGAGGUACGCGCCCGUUGAGCUGCCGCAUCACGAACACAAACGAUUCUUUCUGUCAUCCCGAGAAGAUGAUUUGGCAAGCAGAUGGAGGCUCCCUUCUCGUAAUGUCGUAUCACACGAAGAUUACCCAAUGGCACAUAUAUGAACAAUAUAAAGUCGAGUACGAUCAUAUUAAUGCUAGAGAGAUGGCCUUGAGUAAAGAAGGCGACUUUCUACUCACGAGUGAUUAUGCUGGUACCAUAAGCGUCUGGCUAUAUCCAAGGCUGAAUUUACUGUACCAGCUUCAGAAUGAACAUGAAAUCAUCCGGGACAUAGCGUUCAGCCCCGAUGCGCAACGAAUUUAUGAUCUUCGUAGCUCUGUUUGCAACGUCUGGGAGCCAGAGGUUCUUGUUCGUGCAGAACAGCAUGAUAUGGAGGACCGCUCUAGUGUCGGAGAAAGCUCUACUUCAACAGAACCUGUCUUGAACCAGCGAUAUCAUCAACAGAACAUGGUGACUGCCAUAGCUUGCUCCUCCUCUGAUGACUACUUGUGCUGUGGUCAAGAAGAUGGCUCGGUCAUCAUCAUGGACACACAUAGUGGGGCCAAGGUCCGGAAGGUCUACAGACAUAACUCAUCUAGCUCCAUCGAGUUGGUAGCAUGGUCGAGCUCUGGUAGAUAUAUGGUUUCCGCAGACGACUCUGGUCGAGUUAUCAGCAAGAGGCUCGAAACGAAAGAGGCUGGUAAAUGGGGAGUCUUUGGAGGCGUGGACUUCCGCUCACCUGAGCCAGUGCAGCAAUUUCUCAUCAACGAGGAUCGAAAGCUUCUCCUGGUAUCGAGUCGGAGUAGGGUAGCCAUUUGGGACCUUAAAACUAAGAAUGAAUUUUGCACGCGUCGCUGGGACGAUAUACCUGGCCACAAAUGGGUACUAGAGUCGAAGCCAUCAGCCAGACUCCUUCGCAUUGCAGCUGACGGUGUCACGGCUUAUGAUUGGGGGAGCCUUCAUGAGCUGCCUGCUGACACGGCAGUGGUACCUAGUAUCAGUCAGAUGGAAGCUGUAGGGCAAGAUGCACACGUUACAUGGGCAGAACUCGUACCCAGUCUCAACGCUGUGCUCUAUUUCGUUUCUACGACUGUCAGCGGGAUAACCAAGGAAUCUCUCUUACUCGCAACACUGUCGAAAGGACCAUCACGCAGUGGUCAUACCAUCCCUGAUGACUCUGUGAUCAUGACUCACAAGCGGCGCAUUGUUGGUGUUUUCAAGGAACACUUCACAUAUAUAGAUCAAGAUUGCUGGUUGUGCACCUGGCGCAUCGGAAGCAAAACAUCAGAGGUCAUUAGGCACUUCUUCAUGCCUAAAGAAUGGUUGAGUUGGACUGCGUUGAACAAUGUGACUCUCACGCAACACGGCACAUUUCUGUGCCCGAAGCUGAGCGAAGUUGCGAUAGUCAGGAACGGGCUGAAUCUCUGAGUUGUUCAUCCGGAAACCGUCAGGGUUUUUGCUCAAGGGUUCGUCGCAAACCAGUCGCACCAAAUUUAAAAAGUAAAUAAGAAAGGGAUCAUGUGUGUCACGUGCAUCCAACAGAGGCUAUCAACAUCGAACAAGGCAAAGUAUCAUGACCCUGUCGCCAAAUCUCCUUUUUACCGCUGGAGCAACGAAACGAGAUUGCGAGGCAGCGGCACAAGCAAACAUUCCACGACACGAGCAUUCGAGAGGUAACACAAAACAAUUGCUCUCAAUACAUUGUCGAUAGCCGUCGGGGCAGAAAAUGGUAGAUAUUCGGAAUAAAGAGAUGGAUGGAAGAAUGCGAUAGGUCUAUGGGUGAGAAUUUUGAUUCAAUGAUAUCAGAGAGCACGAAGCCACGCAAUUUUUGCUACGUAGACGCCCCACGACUGGCGGGGGCUUCAGGGCACUUUACAGGGAUGAUGCCCCCCGGAUAGGGACUGUACCCACCCCGGAUAGCGC